GUUGUGAAAUCCGGAAGUGUGCAUGUUUGUAGUUUUUUUUUCUCCGCCUGACCACUGUUUCGGCCGUAUUCCUGACUUCGAAGCGAAUUCCUUACACGUUUUCACAGUUUCCCGGGAUUUAACAGUUUUUUUCUACUAUUUGGGCUUCGUGUUUCCCUUAUUUCCAGGAUGGUCAAAGUAUCGUUUAACUCAGCGUUGGCUCAAAAAGACGCAAAGAAGGACGCAGAAAGUCUGAUACCAGAGGACGAGGACAAAGAUGCAGAGGCCGUCGUUCCCAUCAGACAUCAGUCCAGGGCUUGGUGCUGGUGCAUGUGCCUGGGCUUGGCUCUCAUGCUCAGUGGAGUCGUGGUGGGAGGAGCCUACCUGUACCGCUACUAUAUCACUGAGGGAUCUCCUGAUUCCUUGCAGGAGGGCCAGGUGUUCUGGUGUGGAGUGAACUACAGAGAGGAGGACUUCAUGAUGCUCGAGGAUGAUGAGGUGCAGGUGGAAGUGGAGGCUCCGUUCAGUUUGAAGCAGCUUGAGGAGAGGAUCCAGGUGCUGGAGGAGGAGCAAGUGGAGCUCAUCAACGUCCCAGUGCCAGAGUUUGACGACAGGGACCCGGCCGACAUCGUGCACGACUUCCAGAGGAUGCUGACCGCUUACCUGGACCUGAGCCUGAAUAAGUGCUACGUCAUCCCCCUGAACACCUCCAUCGUGAUGCCCCCCAGAGACCUGCUGGAGCUGCUCGUCAACGUCAAGGCCGGGACGUACCUGCCUCAGUCGUACCUGGUGCAUGAGGAGAUGGUGGUGACCGAACGCAUCGAGAACGUGAACCAGCUCGGCUACUUCAUCUACAACCUGUGCCGCGGCAAAGAGACCUUCAGACUGCAGCGUCGAGACAGGAUCCUGGGAAUACAAAAACGUGAGGCCCUGAACUGCCACAAGAUCCGCCAUUUCGGGAAAAACGUUGUGGUGGAGACGAUGAUUUGUGAGGUUUAAACCUUGCAACUCGGGCUCCUGCGUGCGUUUGUCACAUUUUCACACCUCACCUGCAUUUCUCAGUCUCUCUACACUGCAAAAAUGAAUAUCUAACAUACGGAAACUUGAAGUCAUAAUACAAUUGCUUUUACUUAGCUAGCGUAUUCCGUUGCUUAUAUUAAUUGUUUAACUCUUUCAUGACCUGACAGGCUGCACUUUACUUUACUACAUAAUAAUAACAUUGUAAUAAGACGUAGAAAGAAUUGUAACUGGAAUAAAGCUCUGUUGGCAUCUUAUUGGCUCAUGUUAUUACAAAAUUACAUUAUUAUUUUUUUAAAUUUGCACUUUUCAUACUAAUAAUUACUAAUACCUUAAUUUUUCCAUAUGUCCUGUUUCAAUGAGUAAGUAUUUUGUAUAACAUUUGAAAUUGUUUCCAUCCUAUUAUCAUGUUUUAACUAAUACCAAAUUACAAAAAUGUAUCUGUCAACAAAGUGCAAUAAUUAAGCUUGGAUGUACUGAAACAAAAUAGUUGUGAAACAGGUCAAAUAGUCCAAGUAAAGUCAAGUCAAGUAAAGUUAAAUUUUUAAAAAUCAAAGUUAAGAUUUCUGUUUUGAAUUCAAGUGAUUUUUAACUCGUCCAGAUUUUCAUUUUUUGCAGUGUGUAAAGACAAGAUAAUUUGUUUGGUUUGGAGAAAAGGAGAGGGAGGAGAGUGUAUUUUCCACUUUAUUUUUACAGAGAGUUUGUUUGAUUUCUGGGGAUUUUCAUAGUGUCUUUUUAAGGACUUGAGUUUAUAAGUUUUGGUCAAGCAGAUAUAAAAAUGUUACUCAAGUAAGCGUUGCUUCAAAAUAAGCAAAACAGUGAUUCAAAAAGCUACUUGAAAAUACAUCUGUAAAACAUUCUAAUAAUUAUGUUAUUAAGUCCCAUUCACAUAUAUAUCCCAGAAAGUUGCUAGGUACAAAAUGCUCCAGGUUGUGUAACCAAGGAAACCAGGUUCAUAACUAGGAAACCAAGCUCAUAAUCCAGGGAAAUCCAGGCUUGUAACCAGGAAACCAGGCUCUUAACCAAGGAAACCAAGCUCACAACCAGGAAACCAAGCUCGUAACCAGGAAACUAAGCUCAUAACUUGUGAAACCACAUGAGUGAUUUACCCGGGAAACUGUCAGGUCAAAAAUGCAGAGAAAUUAGUUCUAGCUUCAUUCACACGUGACCCUGCUCUGGCAAAAUGCAGUAGUCCAUGUCUGGCAGAUGUACUCUAGUCCUGGUCUAAUCCUGUGUUAGACCUGAUUUAGUUUUGGGUCAGACCUGGGUUAGUCCUGGUUUAGUCCUGGGUUAGAUCUGGGUUGGACCUGGUUUAGACUCAAGUCCUUUUAAAGACACUCCAUAACUUGCUAUAAAUAUUCGACUGUGUGUUAAACAGUAAAUUAUUGUAAUCAAAUAAUUGCACCUAUGUAUUUUCUUAGAAAUUGCUUUUUUCUACAAAGAUAAAACUUUUAUAGGGACUUUGUUAUUGUCUGCUGUAGCUUUUAACACUGCAACACUUUCUAUGUCUGAAAAAAAAAAAGACUUAAUUUAACUGUUUUAUAUUUGAAUAAAAUGGUCUUUGAGGGUUUUCUGUGAAUUGUGUUUUGAAUGUGUAUUUUUGAAUAACUUUGUCUGUUUAACUAAUUGUGUGUAUAAUCUCUUUAAAAUAUGCACAGAUCUACUCAAUAAAGAGAGGAAUACUUCUGGAAA